UAUCUAUGCAUGUGUGAGUGUCUUCUGGCUUAGAAAGCACUCUAAGCCUUGAACUUGGGGGGUGUCUGUGGCAGAACUAAAAACUCCCCUCCCUUCAAAGGUGGAAAUUCUGCCAGAAGUGUACUAUGACUGAUAUUUUUUUUAAAAAGGAAAAAAUAGCCGAAUAGUCCAUCCAGUUCUGGUAAGGCAAUCCAGCAGAGGUUCUGUGUACCGAACAAUCCCCAUCUGCACACAGGUUGUGCCAACUUUUUUUUUGCUGCUGCUGCUGCUGCUGCUGGCAAACAUCUGUAUGGGGCAGGCUACCAAGUACAUAGACAAGCCUUUUUGACCCGAAACAUCUGCUCAGAUGUCACGUGAGCAGGACCAGAGGCCAGCUCAGCUGCCUGGCUUUAGGCAGAGCGGAGAUUUUCUCUCUUUGGUGAGCGCACCGUGCAGGAAAGCAGCUUUGAUCAGGAGUUGGGGAAGAGGGGGGGUGGAGGAGGAGGCCAGCGAGACCUGUUCCCAUGUAAUCCUGUUUAGAGAAAGCAGGAUCCUCGGUGAAAUGCACCAGAAGGAAAUCGAAGCUUCUUUGCUACAGCUCGCCUACGUUUCCCAAGCUAUACGUCAAGGGGAAUGCCAGAACUAACACAAUCCAGAUGUGCCAACUUGGCAACCAUGGGACAGAGGAGCCUUAUGGAACAGAGGCGGACGUUGGGAAUGCUGUAGAGCAUCCUCGUCACAUGAUCAAAAUUUGGGCACAUGGCAAUCAAUACAUAUCUGCAAUGUCGCCAUUUGAGACCUUUCCCAGCCAACGUCCAUCAAGCAACGUCAAUGGGAAUAGCUGGAUUCACUUAACAGCAGUGUGAUUCACUUACUGGCUGCAGUGAUUUUCUUAACAACAAUGGUGAAAAGAUGGACCUGGCCAGCAAAGAUUUCCCCUAGUCGUGCUACGUUGGAUAUUUCUUUAAAAUUCCUGGAAAUGAUGAGAGUUCAACUCAGGAGCGAUGCUAUCUGCACACUUUGCCUGGUGGUAGCUCUUUUCACCAUGCUCUAUUCCCAACUGGGCCACUCAUCCCACAGAGAAGAAAAAACAGAAGGCCAGAAAAAAACCUCAGCCGCAACUCACAGAGACUUCCGUGUUCCUGUUUUCCAGCAAGAGUCAAAUGUCGAGAGUCACCCAUCGGAGCCUAGAAUUAUCUCGCCUAUCAAAGAUGUCACGUUGGAAAGCCAGGAAGACCAAGUCACCCAUCCGGCCCUCCCGACUCCUUCCACCUUUGAUUUUAGACUUUACCUAAGGAACAAGGACAACAGGAAAUUCAACCUUCUCAUUAAUCAGCCGAAGAAGUGCAUGAGAAGCUCAGAGAGGCCUUUUUUGCUCGUCGCCAUAAAAUCGCUGGUCGAGGAGUUCGACCGCCGUGAGAUUGUACGCAAGACAUGGGGGAGAGAAGGUCUGGUGAACGGGCUGCAGGUCCAAAGAGUUUUCCUCCUAGGAGUUCCAAAGAACAAGACAAUGCUGCCGACUUGGGAAACUCUGGUCCGUCAAGAGAGCCAGUUGUACCGGGACAUUUUGCUGUGGGACUUUCUGGAUACUUUCUUCAACUUGACCUUGAAAGAGAUACAUUUCCUAAGCUGGGCUGAUGAAUUUUGUUCCAGGACCAAGUUCAUAUUCAAAGGGGAUGCUGAUGUUUUCGUCAACAUGGAGAACAUUGUCAACUUCCUGGAAAGCUGCAAUCCUUCUGAGGACCUCUUCGUUGGGGACAUCAUCUACAAUGCACAACCGAUUCGAAUCCGAAAAAGCAAAUACUAUAUUCCAAUAACAAUGUAUGGGCUAGGUAUGUAUCCAGCCUAUGCCGGGGGUGGUGGGUUCUUGUUGUCCAUCAGCACCUUGAAGAAACUUGCUCAAGCUUGCACCCAAGUGGAACUCUUCCCAAUUGAUGAUGUCUUCUUGGGCAUGUGCUUGCAACGGAUCAAUCUGAAGCCCAUCUUGCACGAAGGGUUCAAGACUUUCGGAAUACCCAAACCUUCUGCAGCUCCCAACCUAGAGACUUUUGAUCCUUGUUUCUACAAAGAUCUCAUGGUAGUCCAUGGUCUGAAGAUAGCUGAAAUUUGGCUAAUGUGGAAUCUCCUCCACAACCCACGACUCUCUUGCACUCAGAACAAGCAAAUAAGGAAAGCUUUCCGAUGGAAGAAGAUUAAAGACACUGCCAAAAAUUACGGUGCCUAAGGGCUGGUGGACACCAGGGCUGGAUUUACACAAGGAUGUUGAAUUAUUCAUUUUUUUGGAGUCCACCCAGUACACUGAACCAGAAACCAAGCAGAAACUAUGUGCUAACCCACAAACCAAUAAACCAAGGUUAACUCUAACCAAACUUACCAUGUUGCCUGAAGGCAGGUGUUAGGUCUUCAACUGACCUGGUUCAGUUUUGUUGAAGGUGUUCUUGAGGGCUAUCUAGUGUAGCUUUUGUAGGGCGAGAUAUUUAAACACAAUCAUCUUAGUUCAUCUUUUAUAGCCAAUGCCAGACAUGAAGUCACUUAGUAAUUUGAACACCUCGAAGCGAUUCUUCCCCAACUAGUUUUCUUAAUAGCAAGUCCUUUUGGUGACACUUUUAAAGGCAUGACCAUCGUCAGAAAAUUCCCAGAAUUGGAUAUCCGGAAAAUGUACUUCUUUGAUGCAUUUUUUCACCCCACACAGUAGCUGAUUUGUGUUCAAUGGGCCUGUUGCUGCUGUACAGGUAGUCCUAGACAUAUGGCCACAAGUAAGCCCAACAUUUGUGUUGCUAAGUGAGAUAGGUAAGUGAGUUAGCCCCAUUUUAUGACUUUCUUACCACGGCUGUUAAGUGAAUCACUGCAAUUGUGAAAUUAGUACCACGGCUGUUAAGAGAACCUGGCUUUCCCAUUGAUUUUGCUUGCUGGAGGGUCACCAAAAAUGACCACAUGACCGCGGGACACUGUAACCAUUAUAAAUGUGAGUCAAUUGUCAAGCAUUUGAAAUUUGAUCAUGGGACCACGGGGAUUCUGUCAUGGUCGUGGGAAAAAUGGUCAUAGGUCUGUUUUUUUCAAUGCCAUUAUAACUUUGAUCAUUAAAUGAACUGUUGUAAGUCAA